CUGCAUGGAUGGAAUACACCAGGGGUGCACGCUACCCCGCCGUCGCAAGGACCACACUGCGCAAGUCCAAAUAACCUCAUUCAAUCCACGCCUCGAGUCAUCCACACGCUCUUUAUCGCCGUAAAUCUAUUAUUACAAAACAGUUAGCUAAUGUAUAAAGCUCAAAGGAUUUAGUCACUUCAUGAAAUUCCGCUAUCAAAAAUAGAUAAAUAGAGCAGAAUAUCCACAUGGAUGGCUGUCCCUGUUGGUUAUCAAUUUAUCCAGUCGAUAUUGUGAGGUACAGGUGUAAGGGAAAAUAGUGGGAAUAUGUGAUUGACGAAAGUGGCAGUGCAAGAGGAAAAUGGUAAAUGACGCACAAAUAUUGUCGUCACCAAACUUGGUAGUAAGAGACGCAGGGAGUCGCACAAACGAUGCGUGCAGUGUAAAUGCAACUGUGAAACAAUUGGAGUACAAGGGAAUACUAUGGACAUGUGGUCUCAAAGAAAUCUGUUUGGCUGCUCUUUGGCUUCCAUUAGGUGCUUUAAUAUUUUGUUACGUGACAGCUUCUAUAUUUCAAGCAGAUGAUAUACAUGAAACUCAUUGUAAGGUAUACAAUGUAGUGCCGUCAAUAAGUGCUAUUACGGGCAUCAGCCCGCAGAGGUACGUGUGGAGGAUGUGCGUGGCGUUCCACUUAGGACCAAGGUUGUUGAUAGGGUCCCUCUACUACAACUACCACAAGGAGCGAUCUCAGCACAUCGUAGACGAAAAGGCUCGAGAAUUAGCUACUAAAUUAGGAGAUGCCUGCUACUGGCUCAAUUUAAUAGAGUUGCUCGCGCUUACCGGAGUGACCUACGUCUCAAAUAGGGAAAACUAUUUCGUGCAUGAGAAGAUAUUCAUAGUGUUCAUGAUAGUGGCCCUGCUCCACAUGCUGUGUCGGGCGAGGGUCGGGUCCAUAUGCAGCGAUGUAGUGGAGCCAGUGCGGACCAACAAGUCUGUAUGGACUCUGUUCUUCGUGGCCAUCGCCGCCACUAUAGGACUCAUCAUAUUCUUCUUGAAGCAUCGGCUACUCUGCCAUCCCCUCGCAUUCACCUGGUUCUCUGUUUGUGAGUACAUACUGGCAACGUCCAACAUGGCGUUCCACGCGCUAAUAGUUCGAGAUCUUCCUCUGCAUCAGCUGCAAGUCGUCGGCACCACUCCAACGCACAUAAAGACGAACUAACCCGAUGUAAAUAUAGAGUAGGAUUGGAAUUGAAAAAGUGAAGAUGGAUUGUAUUCGCCAUCUUUUCAAGUUGCGUCUAGAUUUUCAAAAAUAGAACCUCAUAAAAUUAAUUCGAAAUCAACAUUUCAAGAAAUUCUUUUCUCCAAUGGAUUGUAAGGUUAAGAUUCGUAAUUUUAAUCAUAGGCAAUGUGCUACAGAGUCGCAUAAUGGUCGAACCAAUGUGAAUAAUAGUGUCUACGAGUUUAACGUUCCACGUGUUGUCUUCUUUAAAUCCGAGUGACUCUAAACUUGCUUUAAAAAUAAGUAUUUAAGUAGAUUUAUGAUUGGCCUUCCUAGUAUUUUUUACGCCGGGCACACUAUAUAUUCAAAUAUAACGGUGCUUACAUAGAAAUAAUGCGUCCUACCUAUUUAUCAUCAAACUCUGUAGUCAUACAAAAUAUCCGAUACUUGAAAACCAUACCCGGGUGCAGUUGAAGUAUUGGCCGAUCAUCCCUUAGAGACACACAUUUCUCGAACUAGAUCUUUCAAUACUUCAUGGAAUUUUCACUUAUUAAAAGGAUUGAGUUCAACCAAUUAUCACAUAACAGUGGUAAACUGUUAAUUGCUCAAACUGUUUAUUUAUGAAUGUAGGCAACUUUUACGAUUUGAAGAAAUUCUUUGAAAAAAGUCCGGUAUCAUAACAUAGCGUGAGUAGUCGCCUUUUAUAUAAAAAAAACUUAAUACAACUGACACAACUUGAAAUAAAUUUUUGCGAUCGCAAAACAAAUAAAAAUCUCAUUAAAGUGAAUUAAACAUCGAUGGUAAAACGUGAUUAAUUGUUGACCAAUCCAACUUUGUUGAGUGAUUAUACGAUCAAAAAAAACAUGAACUUUUAAACUGAAGUAAUGUUAAAAUUGUAUUUUAAACUUAUUAUAAUACCUACUAAUGAACAUGUAGGUCUGUAUUUAACAAAGCUCAUUAAUACACGACAUUUAUUUUGUGAUAGAAUAGAGUUAAAAACAUCUUUAAAAUUAUUCAGACGUACGCAAAUAGCUAUUAUCAUUUAACGGUCUUAGAAAAUUCUGUUUUUUUCUUUUGUGUUUUAACCUUUCCAAAGUAAACUAAUCUGAUUUUUAUAAAUAUACCAAGUCUUGGAAAAAAAUCACCAGUUAAAAUAUGAUUAAACUAAUAUGAAUCGCCUAGAAGUCUUUAUAAGUUUUUCGUUGCG